CGGCGCCACCAUGAAGCUGGAGAUCUUCGCGCCGCACUACGAGGACAAGCUGAGCGGCGGCAGCGACCAGGAGGGCAGCGGCGCGGCCUCCCCGCUGGCGGCCGAGAGCGAGCUGGGCUCGGACGGCGACUGCGCCGCCUUCAGCCCGGCCGGCGGGCCCUCCUCCGGGCAGGCCUCGGCGCCCUCGCCGCGGCCGGGCGGCUGCAAGGCGGCGGGCGCGGGCAAGCCCUACACGCGGCGCCCCAAGCCGCCCUACUCGUACAUCGCGCUGAUCGCCAUGGCCAUCCGCGACUCGGCCGGCGGGCGCCUGACGCUGGCCGAGAUCAACGAGUACCUGAUGGGCCGCUUCCCCUUCUUCCGCGGCGCCUACACGGGCUGGCGCAACUCCGUGCGCCACAACCUCUCGCUCAACGACUGCUUCGUCAAGGUGCUGCGCGACCCGGCGCGGCCCUGGGGCAAGGACAACUACUGGAUGCUCAACCCCAGCUCCGAGUACACCUUCGCCGACGGCGUCUUUCGCCGGCGCAGGAAGCGCCUCAGCCGGCCGGGCCCCGCCGCCCCCCGGGCGCCCUCGCCCCCCGCGCCGCCCUCGCCCUGCCCUGGCGCCGACCACAAGCCCCCCGCCGCCGCCGCCGCGCCCGCGCCCGGCUCGACGGCGGCCGCCUCCUGCGCGCCCGCCCGGGCCAGCUCCAAGUUCAGCAGCUCCUUCGCCAUCGACAGCAUCUUGAGCCGGCCUUUCCAGCCCUCCCAGCGGCAGCGGCCCGCCACCCCGGCGGCGGAGAGGGCGGCGCUAUGGCCCGCCCCGUCGGGCUACGCGCGCCUUCUCCCCCAGCCCGCCCUCUCCUACUCGCUCGGGCCCCCCUUCCAGCCGGCCGCGGCCUCCCCUCUGUACCCCUUCGGGCUGCCCGAUGCCCUCGUGCUGGAAGGAGCCUGCAGAGAGCGGGAGCCGCUGCCCGCCGCUGAGCCCCACCCGCUCUUUCCCCCGAGGACUGCGGCGCUGCCCCUCUCCGCCUCGCCCGCCGAAGCCUUGCAAGGGCUGUCGGUCAGCCUCGCUCAGUUCUACUGCCCCUUGCGGCUGCCCGCCUCAUUGCAGCCAGGUGCCUCCUACCGGCCUCAUCCAGCGGAGACCCCGCCGGUGUAACGCUCGAGCCAGCCAAGCGCCGCCCUCGACAAUGUCGGGACUGGACAGCACAGAAGGGCCCCCUCGCGCUUCUCGGCGUUCAGAGACUCCAAGCGAAAGUAUCGAGACUGUGCCUUACUGACGGAUUUGCCUUGAGACCAAAAAAGCGUUGGGAUUCUGUAACCUGGACCUGCGAACGGACCCCAGCGCUGCGUACUGAUUGGCUGAAGGGGCGCCAUUCCGUCCCAAUGGUUAACUGUUCGAGUGCUAUAGAGGCCGGCCGCAAAAGCAGUUUGGCCACUCACAGCAAUGCGUGGCGCGCACAAAUCGCUGGUUGUCUUUCUUUAAAAAAAAAAAAAAGGUGCAAGGGCUUUUGAGGACCAUUUCGUGGCUGGGCGGUGGAAGGAUGAAAUCCUCACUCCCUCGUCAUACGAAUGAGGCUGCAAUUCUUGAACCACUUAUUUUUAAGAGCUCUGUGUGAUUUCUUACUCCUCAGAUUUAAGUAUGAUUGCCAACUUUUUUAAAGACUGGGGCUCCUGUGUCUUUUAGCGGCCUUGGUGCUCGGGUCUGACUGAUGGCAACGGCACAAAAGCAAAAGCUAAUUUUUAAAAAGAGAGAUGGCCAUUUUUAUCUUGAGAAUAUAGACUUAGCAGUAAACCCAGCUAAUUUCAAGGAAGUGGUUUAAGGUUCAGGCUGCACUCCUAUGCAUAAUUACUAGGGAUACCCCCGUUUGGUUGCAGUGGGUCUUACUCUCGAGUAAUGCAUUGACUCAGGUGAUUGGACUGCAAUCCGCAAAUCUGUUCCUCCAGCAUCGUCCCACGGUUUGGAGGACGGUUUGGGGCAGAGAACCAUGUGAGUGUGGGCUGAGCAAAGCCUUAUAAGCCCGUCUUUAGGAGCCAAGCCAACCAGUUUCUUUCACCCCGGUUCCAAACACCUAAAUGCAAAAGGAAGCGUGAAUGAUUUCAGUGGCCCUGACAUCUAAGCAGCCUUCAGAGGCGGCAGGUUUCCGGUAACUAGACGCUCUCGUGCUCGAAUGAUGAGCAUCCUGGUAAUAUCUAUCCAGUUUGCAGCGACCUAAUCCAGACAGGUGUAAUUAAGAUGGAGGCGUCGACUGAUUUAAACCAGGCUCCAGUAGCGAAGGUCGCGACCUCAGCACCUGACUGAAGGAGCCGGGGCUUCAUUCUUGGCCCCGAUUCUUGAAGUUCUGGGCCCUUCUAGCGCCACAGGAAAGGGCUAUUAAAUGCUCGCGUCGACGUGAGCCAGGAUCGAGCAGGCUUUGUCAUUUUGCAUCUCUGUACCCUGCACUAAACUGCCUGAGCCUUUCUUCGGGGGAGGGGCAGGGGGGGUCUUAUUAAAUUAUUUAUAGCUUUGUUGAAAGAAGACAGGGUGCUGUUUUUAUUGAUGUUUUUCAUGUUUCUAUUUCAAUGAUAGAGCAAAUGUGGUCUUUGUGUGCGUGUGCGUGUGCGCGCGUGUCAGCUGGAACUUGUCGAUUUCUCCCCACCCUUAGAGGAGCAGCUCGGGGGCCCUAUCCUGAAAACACUUGAUCUUUUCCUUCCCUCCAGGGUACUUUCAGGAGAGGGAACCAAGCCCGUCAAAAUCACUGCCACGGGAAAGGAAGAAUGCUUUCGAAAAUGUGCCUGUCGUGAUGUGAGAGUGUGUGUUUUAUGAAAUCCUCGAUCAUGGUUAUUUUCAAAUAAAAGUUGCAAUAAAAAA